GACUUAGACCCAAGGGCGAGACACCCUGGGCCUGACUGGUGGGAGAGAAGACGUAAGGUGAAGGGGGUUGGCAACCAAGACGCGGGACCCCACUUGCAGUACCCCCCGCCCGCAGCCGGCGUCGCCCACCCGUAGCCGCUGGCCGGUCAAUGGCACCACCUAGCGGCACGGCACCAGAGCGGCCUGCAGGGGCGGCGCGGGGACCCCAGCCUCGAGGAGGCGCUCGUGCCGGGCGGAGGUGGCGCUUCAGCACCGUCGUGGGCCGGACAGCGCCUCUCGCCCCCGGCCCUCGAAACCCAGCUUCGGAGCCCCGCCGUAGGGACCGGACGGAAGAGACCGAAGGAACGGCGAACCUCCCCGGACCACUCCUGACAGUUCUCGGCGCCCGGGAGCUCUUCGCCGCCCGCUCGCGGUCGCAGAAGCUGCCCCAGCGCUCGCAUGGCCCCAAGGACUUUCUGCCCGACGGCUCGGCGGCUCAGGCCCAGCGGCUGCGCCGGUGCCGGGAAGAGCUCUGGCAGCUGCUGGCCGAGCAGCGCGUGGAGCGCCUGGGCAGCUUGGUGGCUGCCGAGUGGAGGCCGGAAGAGGGCUUCGUGGAGCUGAAGUCUCCUGCGGGCAAGUUCUGGCAGACCAUGGGCUUUUCAGAGCAGGGCCGGCAGCGGCUUCACCCGGAAGAGGCCUUGUAUCUGCUGGAGUGUGGCUCCAUCCACCUCUUCCACCAAGACCUGCCACUGUCUAUCCAGGAAGCUUACCAGCUGCUGCUGACGGACGACACUGUGACCUUCCUGCAGUACCAGGUCUUCAGCCACCUGAAGAGGUUGGGUUAUGUGGUUCGACGAUUCCAACCAAGCUCUGUCCUGUCCCCGUAUGAGAGGCAGCUUAACCUGGAUGCCAGCGUGCAGCACUUGGAGGAUGGAGAUGGCAAGAGAAAGAGGAGCAGCUCCAGCCCUCGGUCCAUUAAUAAGAAGGCCAAGGCCCUGGACAACUCCCUGCAACCCAAGAGUCUGGCAGCCUCCAGCCCACCUCCCUGCAGCCAGCCCAGCCAAUGCCCAGAGGAGAAACCCCAGGAGUCAAGCCCCAUAAAGGGCCCAGGGGGCCCCUUUAAGCUUCUGGGGUCCCUGGGGCCCAGCCCUGGCCCGGCCAGGGAGGGGGUGGGGUGCAGCUGGGAGAGUGGCAGAGCCAAGAACGGAGUCACGGGGGCCGGUAAGCGGCGCUGGAACUUCGAGCAGAUCUCCUUCCCCAACAUGGCUUCAGACAGCCGCCACACCCUCCUGCGCGCCCCAGCCCCAGAACUGCUCCCGGCCAACGUGGCUGGGCGGGAGACAGAUGCUGAGUCCUGGUGCCAGAAGCUGAACCAGCGCAAGGAGAAGCUCUCGAGGCGGGAACGGGAGCACCACGUGGAGGCCGCGCGGUUCCGGGAAGAUGUCAACGCUGAUCCCGAGGUGCAGAGCUGUUCCAGCUGGCGGGAGUACAAGGAGCUGCUGCAGCGGCGGCACCUGCAGAGGAGCCAGAGCCGGGCCCCUCACCUCUGGGGCCAGUCCGUCACCCCCCUGCUGAGUCCCGGCCAGGCCAGCUCCCCAGGUACCCCCUCAGCCUGCCACAUCCUCGAGGGCCACUGGCAGCUGAGGAAUCGCAGGACUUUGGAAAGGGCAUGGAUGAACCGGGAUGGAUUGAGGCUUAAGAAAGAUGUGGGAGGAGGGAGUGGACCCACAAGGACGGUCAGUUCUCCCGCGGCUGCAGCAGGGCCUGUGUGGGAAUGCUUAGAGAUGCCGUGGUCCUUCAGCAUAUUUCUGUGCUGCAGACAACACACCUUGCUGAUGGAGGUGCCCAGUAAGUUUCCAAGCAGUGCCAUCUCUGCAGGACCUUGGCCGCCAGGAGUUGGUGGCUGCUGGAGAAGUCUGGGGGCUUGGAAAUCAGCUUUGAUGUUUACCAGGCUGACGCUGUGGCCACAUUCCGAAAGAAUAACCCUGGCAAACCCUAUGCCCGGAUGUGUAUUAGUGGAUUUGAUGAGCCUGUCCCAGACCUCUGCAGCCUCAAGCGGUUGUCUUACCAGAGUGGGGAUGUCCCUCUGAUCUUUGCUCUGGUGGAUCAUGGUGACAUCUCCUUCUACAGCUUCAGGGACUUCACGUUGCCCCAGGAUGUAGAGCACUGACCUCACAGCUCUGCAGGGGAUAGAGCUCGCUCCAGGGGACCGGGACUGUCUGUUCUCAGGGACCAUCUCGGCUGCCUCCUGUACCGACUCUAACCUGUAGCUUCAGGGGCCAGUAUGGGCCUUGGCCCUGAGUGUCUGAUACUCACAGAGUAAAACUGUGACCCUCUCCCCUUCCCUGCUGCCUUGCAGUGACCCCUCUGGAACUCAGGACUCGAUUUUAAGGACCCAGGAGGUGGGGCAGAAGAGAGGACUCUGUGCCUUUAACGAGAGGGUGCCUGCUUCGUGCCAUAAAGCCAAAGCCAUUAAAAAUAGAUUUCUUUUC